CAGGCGUCUUCCAGAGCCAUGAGAGCCUUCGGCCCCAUCCUCUUCCUCGUCUUCCUCCUCGCUGGGCGGGGUUCCGAGGCCGCGCCUUCGGCCUCACCAGCUGCGGGCUCGGACUUCCCAAGGAUGGGCCUCCCCUCGGAACCCCUUCUUCCUGCUCCUGAAAAUGCCACUCUCCACCAGCCGCACCCGGAACCCCCUGGGAUGGCUUCUCCGGAGCCCUCCAAGGCGCCUCAUCCGGGUUUCCCUGAGUCCUCUCCCCAUAACGUCACUGACACCCCCAACGCUGACCUCCAAGAACCCCCACACCCAGAGUCUCCUGAGACCCCCAAACCUAACUCACUCAACACCUCAACAUCAGAAGCCCUGGAGACCCCUCAAAUUAACCCCUCCCAGAUGACACAUCCAGAACCUUCUGAGACCCCCACGCCUGACCUGCCUGAAAUUCCACACCCAGAGUCUCCUGAGACCCCCAAACCUAACUCACUCAACACCUCAACAUCAGAAGCUUUGGAGACCCCCCAAAUUAACCCCUCCCAGAUGACACAUCCAGAACCUUCUGAGACCCCCACCACUGACCUGCCUGAAAUUCCACACCCCAAAUACCCUGAGGCCCCCCAACCUAAUUCCUCCAAAACUUUACAGUCAGAAUUUCCUGGGACCCUGGGUCCUGACCCUCCCCAAACUGCACACCAGGAAUUCCCAGGGAUCCCCAAACUUAAUUCCAGUGAAAUCCCACAGGCAGAGGUCCCUGAUCCUGACCCCACCAAAACCCUUCACCCCGAAACUCCAAAAAUCCAUGACCCCAACACCGCUGAGACCCCAAGCACUGAAUUCCUUCAGCCCCUCCACCCCAACUCUACUGAUACCCCCCACCCAGAAUCCCACGUAACCCACCACCCUGGCCCCACUGAAAUCCCCCAAUCAAAACUCCCCACAACCCUCCACCAAGGUGCCACAGAGAUCGCCAGGGACUCUGCCCCUGAAACCUCCACCAGUCCUCACCCAGACACGCCCGCACCCCCCAGGGACCAGGCUACUGCCCUGCACGACCUGCCCCUGAACCAAGAGCCAGAAACCCCUGCGGCCACCCAGCCCAACUCCCUUAAACUGCCCGCCUCUGAUUUUCCUGGGACUGUUGAGCCCAAGGCCUCCCAGAGCUCUAGCCCUAAAGGGCCAGAUGUCGCUCUUUCCUCCUCCCGGAUCGCGGACCCCCCUGCUCCUUCAGGGUCCCCCAAUCAGCCGGCCCCUGCCACUCAGCGGGCCCCCCAGCGACGCAGCCGAGGUGAGAGAGUCAACACUAUCAUCCUGGUGGAACGAGUGAAGGAGACCGGCGUGACCCUGGUGGGACGCCCCCGGGGCGGGGCGGGAGGGGCCCUGUGCCUCUUCUUCGCCGGGACCGGGCUGCUGAUCGGCAUUUUCCUGCUGCUGUGGUGUCUCUACCGCCGGGCGGCUCGGCACCGGCCCUUCGCACACCACCGGCUUCCGAACGACGGAGACGAGUCGGUCCUGCACCUGGACACUCCCAAGGAGCCGUACGAUCUCUACUUUUACGCGCCGGAUGCCUGGAUCCCUUCACACAUCGCCACCAAGCAGCCGCCGCCCACUCCUCCGCUGCCGCCCAAGCUGCCCCCGCCGCCCCGCGGGGGCCGCUCCCAGCGCCUGGAGCCGCUCUCCCCGGCCACGCUCCCCGACAACUUCGUGUGAGCCCCUCCCGGCCCCUCCAGGCGUGCGCCAUCCUCAGGCAUCCUACCCUCCCGGCAUGCUUUGCUAGUAGCGGUGCCCUCAGAUAGAGCCCACCGCAGAGGUGCCCUCGCUGAGGCCCAAUAAAUCACGAGAUCCCUCCCUCCUA